AUGGCUCGACUAGACGAAGAUAAGAUGCCAAUGAUAUCUCCAGAGGACACCGUUGCCAAUGAUGACGCAUUGUCUUUCGGGAUGAAGGGUCGCUGGUGUGUGAAUACUGCCGCUCAACUCACCUCAGUCGCUAUUCUGGGUUCGUUCCAGCUUGGGUUCAACCUCGCCGCUUUAAAUACGGCCAAAGCGUUCAUCGCCCUCGACUUCAGGUGGUGUCUGAACGAGAGAGGACUUCCUCACCUCGAUUGCGCUACCGGGCGCCUGUACGGCUCUCUCGUCAAUGCGGCGGCGUUCGUAGGUGCUCUAGUGGGCUGCAUCGUAGCUGGUCGAGUGACAGAACUUGGUCGGUGUGCCUGUCUGCGGUGGGCACAUUGCCUAUGCGUGGUUGCUUGUGUCCUCUCCGCCGCUGCUCUAGAUUUUGUCACACUCUUUGCAUCACGGCUCUUCGUGGGUCUCGCGCUAGGUUUGUUCACGGUGUGUGUCCCCCUCUAUAUUUCGGAAAUGUCCCCUGCGGACUCGAGAGGAUUCUACGUAACAUUUCAUCAGCUUCUCAUCGCCUUCGGCCCCGUUGUCGGGACGGCGUUAGGACUUGCCUUCAGCAGAGCACCCGGAGGCAGCGAUGCGUAUUCUCCCACACAGUUUGAGAAGCUGUGGUGGAGAGUUAUGCUUGGCUUCCCCGCUGUAAUCAGCCUGCUUUCGGCUCUCCUGCUGUGGUUCGUGUACCCGUUCGAAACGCCACAGAUUUUGGUAGAGAGGGAUCAGAAGUCACAGGCAGGAGCACUGCUGCGAGAGAUCUACUCCCGUGACACCGUCGGCCCUGAACUGCAGUCUAUCAUCCGAAGGAAUCACCAGAAACAAUCUCAGGAUCCUUCCCAACUUGGGAUGUGGAGAGCUCUCGUCCACCCAGCAUAUAGCAAGGUCAUCAUGUUUGGAUGCUACUUGUCGAUCGCGCAGCAACUGAGUGGGGUAAACGUUCUUGUGGCAGACAGUAACCUUCUUUAUUCCUCACUAAAUCUGCCCCCAACGCUGGUCACGGCGCUUACCGUGGCCUUGAUGGCUAUCGGCUUUGUUGUGACGAUUGCCACCCUGCCGCUGGUAGAUCAUUUAGGCCGUCGCGUGUUGCUGCUGGUGUCUAUCGCGCUGUGCUUGGCUUCCAUGUGCACCGCAUUCGUCGUGAGCAUGAUCAAUGAGAACAGCGGCGCUCUGCGCUGGAUUAUCGUAGGCUGCAUGUAUUCAUUCUCCGUGGGCUUCGGGCUAGGAUACGGGCCAGUGUUUUGGAUUUAUCUGCAGGAGAUUUUCCCGCCCGAAAUCAAGCAGGCGGCCGUCAGUCUCGCAUCGAGUCUGAAUUGGCUGGCGGCUGUCGCCAUGGUUCAGGCCUCAGACUUCCUUCUACAGGGAGGUUUGACUGUCCUUACUGGCAUCUGUACUGUGUCGUUGGGUAUAGUAUUUGUCUUGACGCUUUUCUUUGCAAGAGAAACCAAGGGGUUGCCAGUCGGCGAAUCACCUUACUUCACCAAUCCCGCUAUUGUUCACACCCCAGGGGACACAUUACCUACAGUUGGUAGCCUCCGUGAACGUCAAGAGGGCGCUGUUGACGGUAUCGUGGCUGAGACUGCAGCUGACGCAGCAGCAUCCGAUACAAAAGCAAGCACCGGGCGUCCGUAA